GAAGAGGAAAGAAGUGGAGCACAAACCCUCGACAAGCCGGCGGCGAGAGGGCGGAGCGCAAUGCCGCUGCGAUUCCUCGGCCGGAUCUGCGGCGACGCCGUCGGAUCGGCGGCGCGGAGGUUCCACAGAAACCUCGGCGACGAGAUGCGGGAAUUCGCCCAGCACAGGUGGUUCGUCCAGCUCCGCGCGGAGAGGGAUUUCUACGCCGGGGUCUGCAGCGAGGCCGCCGGCUCCGCGCGGAGGCUGCGGAACAACAUCGAGCGCGACGCCGAGAGACUCGGCCGCGGCCUCUGGGAGCAAAAGAAAAAAAUCUUGGAUGCCUACCUUGCCUUGAGCGAGUAAAUUAUGUUCUCAAAUUUCCAGCGGAGCCAGCAGCCAUAGAUGAGUUUGCUGCUGAGAAAGCCUUGAAAGAGGAUGCCAUGAAGUGGAGGUUCGAGGAGCUGUGGAUUAUCGAGCACGGCAGUAAGUACAAGCACAAUGAGUGGAGGAAGGCGUGGCUCUAUGACAAGUACAAGAAAUGCGCCCAGGAUGUCGACAAGCGCAACACGGAGGGCGGGGGAGCCGCCUUCGGGACAGACCAGUUCUGGGACGAAACCGAGCAGGAGUUCCGCUCACGCAGGCACCGCGAGCUGGAAGAUUGAUACUGCGGUAUGCGGCUUGCUCUCCGUGGCACCGAUGCAUGGGUCACUGAUGUGGAGAGGACACACAGUUGCUGUGAUAAACUAAUUAGCGCUUGCGGUAGUAGGUGACCCUGCCAUGACGAAGAAUUUUGCAAGUUGUAUGUAUGGACAACUAGCAUAUGGAAUUAGCAUCUUUAACGUA